AACGAAGGUCGACGACGUCGACGACGAUGGCCGAUGUUCCCGACUCGCUGGCUUUGCGCCACGUCGUGGUCAUGCAUCGCCACGGCGACCGCGCGCCCAUCUCUUCGCAUGUGUCGUCCAAGCUGUGCAUCGACGAGACCGAGCGCGCAUACUGGGCGUCGCAGCUCUUGACGCCCGAGGACAUUGCCACCUUGGACGCCGCGGCGACCGUUCACACAGAAGACGAGCCUAAGCACGGGGCGUCUCGCCGCUCGGACAGCUCACGCGCCGCGGAAUGGAAGGCAUGAUGCGUCGUGGCCAGGCGCUCCGCGAGCGCUACGACCACUUUCUCGGUGACGCCGAGCCCCACGACGUGUACAUCGUCUCGACCAACAUCACGCGCACGAUUCGUUCGGCGCAAUCCGUCGUGCGCGGUCUCUUUCCGGACGCGCCGCGCUUCCAAGUGCACACGAUGGCGCCGCAGUUUCUGACGCCGAUCCAUUCUGGCCUCGAGUACAAGGCCUUUGGCCUCCACGCCAACGCGGUCGCGCACGCCACACGUCCAGGAUACGAAGCGCUGGAAGCCGAGAUGAAGGCGCUGCUUGCGAUCCCCGACGACCAAGCGCUGCAUUGGACUGUCGUGCGCGACAUGCUCGUGUGUCGCAAAGCCCAUGGACUACCCGUGCCCGACGGUCUGCACGACGCUCUCUACGACGCGGCGUGCGACCACAACGCGUGGGAGUGGCAUCUUCUCUACAACGACCCGAAGCAAGCACAGCGCGGGUUUGUGCGCGGCCUCGCCGAGAUCCAAGCGCACCUCGAAAGCAUCGUCGAGAAGGACAUUGACCACCGAUUGACCAUCAUAUCCGCUCACGAUAACACGCUUGUCGCUCUCGUGUGCGCGUUGGGGCUGCAGAUUGGCAACGUCAUUCCCAACUACGGUGCCAUUCUCGCGAUGGAGAUCUACGAGAACACAUCGACAAACGAGCAUUUCGUGCUGGUGCGCUUUGAAGACGACACAGUCACCUUCACGGGCGAGACAACCCCGAUGGUGCCCUUCACGGCCAUGAAGCGCCGCUUCGAUUCCUUUGCCGCGACCCACGCAGCGACGUCGGCCCUAUAAGCUCUGGCACUGAGAUUUGUCUAGAUUGUGAGUGUUGCGAUCUCCUUGCAAUAUCCGGAUAAUACAAGUUUUAUGCGUAAACCGCCCAGCUGGCGGCAGCACGAAAGCGGAA